AUGGGCACCCAAGAAUUCGUCCCCCUUCGAGCCGAACGAUGCCUCACGGUCAAACUGAACGAUAAGCCACCCUCUGCUGAUCAGGAGAGGCGUACGGCCAGCGAUAUUGUGAAGGUGAUCAAUCAGAAGUUCCCCAAGGCCGACGCCAAAGCGGUCACGAAGCUGCGUCUCAGCGGAGACUACGUUAUCACAUUCGGAGAAGAAAGGAGGAAGUGGUGUCUACAGAAUCAAGUUUGGGUGACACACACAUUCCACAAAGACGCAAAGGUCGCGUUCCGUACGGUCUCGGUGAUUGCCCGCGGCCUGCCGUGGGCGCUCAUCGACAACCUCGAGCCAGAGGAGCUGGCAAAGGAGUUGUCCGUAGCGAACAAGAUCGACAUUGUCAGAGCGAAGGCAUUCCGGAGGAAGCAUGGGAGCGAGAGGGGUUCUCUCCUCCUGGAGGUUCCUACUGCAGACGAUGGAGGUCGUCUCACUAGCGACCCCCUCCUCUGGAUGGGCAACGCAUUCUAUUGUGAGCCCUUCGAGCGUGACGCAAUCCCACAACAGGGCUACAACUGCUGGGAGUACGGUCAUCUGCGUAGCUACUACCCCAAGGAGAAAGAAGCACGGUGCCCUCGCUGCGCCGAGAAGAGACACCCGGAUAGAACAAUGAAGGAUGCCGAAGCCAAUUCCCCCUCCAACCAACAACCCGACCUUGUGAAGUGCCUACCUUGCAAUCGCAAAAGACACUACGCGUUCUCUCGCAACUGCCCGCUUGUAAAAGCGGCGCUCGGUCGCUCCUCCACGGCCUUCAUGGAACGCCCACGCGUGUUCGCCCAGCGGGCGGAACCGGUAACAAUCGACGAAACACUGGCCCCGAGCCAGCCUGAAGCCACGCAGCCGGCCGUAGAGGGCAUACAGCAGCAGCUCCUCCAGCAGACGCAAACCGCGGCAACGUAUGAACCUACGAGGGACGUCCCCCCUGCGACGCCGUCCCGGUCCCAACCCACACCCGCUGACGAAGACAGCGACCUGGAUCUCCCAGAUGCAGACUUAGCAAUUCUGGAAUCUGAAUGGCAAGAAGACGAGCCCACGACUACACCAGAAGAAUACUGCCCUGUCUUCCGCUCCAUGAAUCUAAGGAUUCUGUACUGGAACGUGGCAAAGUCAUACAAUAGGAUGAAGAUCGCGUUGGAAAUGGAGGACCGCUACGACAUCACAGCGAUCCAAGAGCCAGGCCGGAGUACGGCCACGGGCGGCAUCCCCAACACCAGGGCCUCGCGCUACUGGGCGUUGGAUAGUGCCAACCAGGGACGCGCGGCGCUGUAUGUGAGCAAACGCUUCGCAAUCAAUCGGUGGGACUACAAACAAGGAGAAGACUGGGUAAUGGUGAGGCUAGGAGAAGGAGAGAAGGAAAUAAGGAGAUGGUCGGUUUACUCACCAAUUUGGGACUCGGGUCCUGAACGUGAAUGGCAUACCCCCCUAAGAGAAAUCGCAUCGAGACCGAUGGGAAGGGACGUCGUGGUCAAGGAUAUGAAUCUCCACCACCCGAUAUGGGACAUUCACGGAAGACAGAGCAGAGGCAGUCAGGUCCUCCUCUCGCUAGCGGCGAGUCAUCGACUCGUACUCGCGACGCCGAGAGGCGAGCCGACACGGCUGGGGAACGAAACACGGCGGGAGCGCAGCAGCACCAUAGACCAUGCUUGGAUAGCAGAAACACUGUAUGCCACACAUCAGACGGUGGAAGACGGAGCCCUCACCGGAUUGGACCACCAAGCUCAAUCGGUCCUAAUCCGCUCUGAAAUCACCGAGGAACCGAAGGACAUCGAAGAAGGCUACAGCUGGGCACUUAUGGAUGCCAGGAAGGUUAAGGAACUCGCUGAUGGGUAUAUAACGGUCCCGGCGGUAAUUACCACGGUUGCCGAACUGGAGACCGCUACCAAACGGCUGAUGGAGGAGUUGACUAGUAUUGCGGACGAGGCGGUCCCGAAACGGAAGUGA